AUAUUCUUCACUAUACACGACUAACUCUGCAACACGGCAGUGAUCCUUUGAGUGAGCCAUUUUUAUAUUCAUUUUCACGGGAAAGGAAACGAGAACAUCAUUAUGCCUGCAGGAGAAGAGCCUAAUGCCGCCUGGCCCAUCGCCGACGAGGCUUUGACCCAGAACUUGCUGGACCUUGUCCAGCAGGCUUCUCACUACCGCCAGUUGAAGAAGGGUGCCAACGAAGCCACCAAGACCCUCAACCGCGGAACUUCCGAGAUUGUCAUUCUGGCUGCCGACACCUCUCCCCUGGCCAUUCUUCUCCACCUGCCUCUGCUUGCUGAAGACAAGAACAUUCCUUAUGUGUACGUCCCCAGCAAGCUCGCCCUGGGCCGUGCCACCGGUGUCUCCCGUCCUGUGAUCGCCGCCAGUAUCACUACCAACGAGGCUAGUGACCUUAUGGGCCAGAUCCGCACCAUUAAGGACAAGGUUGAGCGUCUCAUGAUCUAAGGAGAUAUACUGUUAAUGAUCGAUGGGUCUAUUGGUUUUGUUGUCUAUGUCGUUGUUUUAAGAUAUAGGCGGCAAGGCUGGUAGAAGGCCUCUUGCUCCAAUUGGAAUGAAUCUUUUCCCAUAAAUUCUCCGUGCUUUGCUGUAGUC